AUGCACGCCCAUCAUGUGCCAGUCCUCCUCCUGCACGCCUCGUGGGCCUUGCUCCAGGCAGGCGCGGCGACGGUGGCCACUGUUUCCCUACGUGCGCGGGGGCAGCCCUCGUCCCCGUCCCCUCUGGCGUACAUGCUGAGCCUCUACCGCGACCCGCUGCCCCGGGCGGACAUCAUCCGCAGCCUGCAGGCGCAAGAUGUGGAGGUAGAUGGGCAGAACUGGACCUUUGCUUUUGACUUCUCCUUCCUGAGCCAAGAAGAGGAUCUGGUGUGGGCUGAGCUCCGGCUGCAGCUGUCUGGUGCUGUGGACUUACCUGCUGAGGGCCCACUUUCCAUUGAGAUUUUCCACCAGCUAAAGCCAGAUUUGGAGCAGGCCCAAGGUGACUGCUUGAAGCGGCUUUGGAUGGACCAGUUCACUGUCACUCUGUCUCAGGUCACCUUUUCUUCAGGAAGCAUGAUCCUAGAGGUGACCAGGCCCUUCUCUAAGUGGCUAAAGCACCCUGAGGCACUGGAGGAGCAGAUGUCUAGUUGCCGGCAGCGGCCGUCUGCACCGCCUGUCGCCAGUGUGCUUCUUGUGCUUUACUCAAAUCUCUCGUUGGAGCGGAGGCGGCUGGGCAGCUCCACUUUGCUAUGGGAAGCUGAGAGCUCCUGGCGGGCCCAAGAGGGACAACUCUUCCCCGAGAGGGGCAGGAGGCACCGUCGACAUCACUUGCCAGACAGAAGCCAACUGUGUCGAAAGGUCAAAUUCCAGGUGGACUUUAACCUGAUUGGAUGGGGUUCCUGGAUCAUCUACCCCAAGCAGUACAAUGCCUAUCGCUGUGAAGGCGAGUGUCCUAACCCUGUGGGGGAGGAGUUCCAUCCCACCAAUCACGCUUACAUCCAGAGUCUGCUCAAACAUUAUCAGCCCCACCGAGUCCCUUCUACCUGCUGUGCCCCAGUGAAGACCAAGCCUCUGAGCAUGCUGUAUGUGGACAAUGGCAGGGUGCUCCUAGAUCACCAUAAAGACAUGAUUGUGGAAGAGUGUGGGUGCCUUUGAGGAGAUCCUGGAGCGAUGCUGGAUUUGCCUGCACUCCAAAAGGUUGGGAAGCUCCUGGAAGACACGAUAACCGUCUAAUGCAGUGAGGAGAAACAGAGGG